AUGCUGACUAGUUUCUUGAUAGGCCCAAUUGUCGAUCAUGUGAAGUCCGAAGUAUCCCGCACCGGCGAUGAGUUUCGCGAUCUGACAAACUCGCGUGUGACCCCUUUAACCACCACCGCCGAUGGUCAACCAUUGACCUACUACCACUCUUUGAUGUACAGUCUUUUGAGCUGGGAACAACCCCGUGCGACCGCCGUUUCCUACGCCAGCGUGAUCUGUCUCAUAUUCGCUGCUCGGUUUAUGCCUCUCAUUCGCUGGGUUUUCAAGUUCCUGUACAUGUCGUUGGGAGUGACUGCCACCGUCGAGCUGGCUGGCCAUUUCAUUUUCCAGCGCGGAGUCGCUAGUGGAUUCCGCCCUCGUCGUUACUACACUGUCCCCAAGGAGACCUUUGAGGCAGUCCUCGAGGACCUUCAGCAGCUGGUUGAUUUCUUCCUGAUCGAGUUCCAACGCAUCCUGUUUGUCGAGAAUAUCCUCCACACCAUUUUGGCUUUCACUGCUGCUUUCAUCAGCUACUGGCUGAUCCGCUUCAUUCCCUUCUGGGGCUUUGCUGUGAUUGCCGCGACCACCACAUACUUCGCUCCCCUUUUCUACAUCAACAACCGUGAGCUCAUUGACGAGCAUAUUAUCGAAGCCCAGGAAAUCAUCAACUUCCAGACCAACCAGCUUCGGGACAUGGCUGGCGAGCGUACCUUGCACGCCACCGAGUUGAUGAAGCAGUAUGUCGAUGAGUACAGCUCUAAGGCCCAGGGUUACAUUGGAACCCGCCGCUCUCCUUCCCCGCGGACGACCAAGCCUGUGAGCCCGAUCAACCGUAAGACCGUUGUCAAGCCUGCCAAGGUCGAGCCCAUUGUCGAGCCCACCGUCAAGCACGAAGACUUCCCCGAGGCCCCCACGGCUGCUCCUAUCGCCCAGGCUCUUGAGUCGGACAUAGUUGCGUCCGUGGAGCCGGCAGAGCAGGCUGGUGACCGUGAGCCUCUUCUGGCUAUUUGA